AUGAAUGAAAAAGCCAGCGAUGGAAAUAAUCCGAAAGUCCCAAAAUCCCUAGCAAAAGUUCCCAUGUGGGAGAAGCUUCAAGAUAAAUUCAAUCCGAGGCCUCCGGACGAUGACGAGCCGCAAGAUUGGUGGUUCGCCUCAACCGCCAUCCCCUUGAUAGCUGCGACGACCAGUCCCUUUGCAAACGUGAUGUCGGUGGUCGCGCUGGCUAUGUCUUGGAAAAGUGAAAUCCAUCCUGAAAAACAGGAUCCGGAGGGAAACCCGGUGCAGGUGUUGCUGGCUGAUCCUAGAUGGUGUAUUGGUCUGAACGCCACCUCCCUUGCCUUUGGAGUGCUAGGGAAUCUUUUUCUUUUGUUCAACUUCACCCGGACUAUCCGGUAUAUUAUAGCCUUGCCUGCUUCUAUUAUUCUUUGGUCCUUAGCGACCGCCAUUUUGGUCGGAAUCACCAGCUCAGUGCAUAUCUAUGCUAGCCCGAUACCUCCAAAUCAGACCUAUUCGCAGGCAUACUGGUAUGCGGUAAUUGCAGCGAUCCACUAUUUCAUCCUCACCACUAUUUUAAUGAUUAACAUGCUUGGAUACUUUCUUGGACAUUACCCUCAAUAUUUUGCAUUGACAGAUGGUCAACGGACCUUGAUUCUCCAGACUACUGCUUUUGGGAUCUGGUUAAUAGUAGGCGCCGCUGUCUUCCAGAAGGUCAUAGGGAUAUCAAUCGCAGAAGCACUAUAUUUCUGCGAUAUAACAAUUCUGACUCUUGGAUUUGGCGAUGUCACCCCCAAAACCCCUGUUGGGAGAGGUCUUGUCUUUCCCUACGCCGUGAUUGGAAUAAUCAUCUUGGGUCUGGUAGUGGGGAGUAUCAACAAGAUCAUCCGAGACCUCCAAGACACAAACGUCGUGCAAAAGCACACCGAACGACGACGGGAAGCGACAAUCUCACGAUCUCUCAUGGAAGAAGACCUCCAAAGCAGACUGAGGCUGACACCCAACACAUCCAGAAUCGCAUAUCGACCCAAACACACCCGAAAAACACCCAUCAUGAGUAAAGUGACGGCCAUCUACCGCGACGCAAUCGGUCGACCAAAGGACAUCGUCAUGAAAGAGGAAAAGGACAGGUUCGACGCCAUGCGCGCCAUCCAAUACGAAAGUGUAGUCUUCCGUCGAUGGUACCGGCUCAUACUCAGUCUCAUUGCCUUUGGAAUCCUGUGGACCUGCGGCGCCGUGGUAUUCUGGGCCUUGGAGGAGCAGUUUACGUACUUUGAGGCCUUGUAUUUUGCUUUCUGCUCUCUUUUGACUAUUGGUUACGGGGACAUCACACCCACCACCAACGCGGCGAAGCCUUUCUUCGUCGUGUGGUCGCUCAUCGCCAUCCCAACCAUGACCUCGCUGAUCUCCGAGAUGAGCAAUACCGUCGUUGCGGUGUUCAAGCACGCUACCAGUCAAGUCGCGGACUAUACCGUCCUCCCCCGUACCGGGAAGUACAAGUCCUUCAUCGCCAGGUUUCCCCCGAUUCUGGCCUAUCUGGAGAAACGGGAGCAGAACAAACGAGUCGCCCGGGGAUUUCAAAUCGGCCCAGAUGACGUAGAAGGGACCCAGAACGGCGAGUCCUCCAGCGGCGCAAGGAACAUACAACCGAUCGGUAAACAAGAUGAGAAAGAGCCUUCGGACUUCGAGCUAGCCCAGCGUCUCGCGUUCGCCAUACGUCGGACGACCCGGGAUGCCGUCAAUGGCCAUCCGAAGCGCUACAGCUACGAGGAGUGGGUGGAGUUUACCCGAAUGAUUCGAUUCACGGAUCCGAGUCCGGGGGAUACGGUUUUGUAUGAAGAUGAAUAUGGGAUUUUGAAUUGGGACUGGAUGGGUGAGAACAGUCCCAUGUUAGCUUCACAGACCGAGCCAGAGUGGGUUCUUGAUCGUCUUUGCGAGAGUAUGAUCCGGUUUAUCUCCACGCAGGCUCAGAAGAGACAGUCGGGUGGAGGUGUAGGGGACGUAGACGAGGAUGAACCGACGUUAAGAAAGGAGAAAGAUAUUUGA